AUGAAGGUAUACAAGUGCAUCUUCUCUGGGGAUGAGCUCUGCUCGGACUCUUACCCCCAUCUUGUGCCUUUCGGGGACGACUCGUUCAAGGAUGUUGCCUUCGAGGUCAAGGGGAGCCGUGUGACUAAGGCCGCUGAGGACUUUGGCAUUGCCGACAACAGCGAGGAAGGAGAGGGAGGCGUUGAGGAUGCUGCUGAGACGGUUAUUGACAUUGUGAGCUCCUUCAACCUGAGCGAAACUUCUCUGACAAAGAAGGACUUCACCACCUACAUCAAGGGAUAUUUGAAGCGGGUGAUUGAAUAUUUGCAAGAAAACAAUCCAUCCCGUGUUGAUUCAUUUAAGACAGAAUCUGCUGCUCUUGUUAAGAAGAUCCUCGGCAGCUUUGACGACUAUCAGUUCUACAUGUCGGAAAGCAACGAUUUCGAGGCCUCUCUUGUCUAUGCUUACUACAAGGACGAGGAAACCGCCCCUAGAUUCAUCUAUUUGAAGGACGGACUUAAGGAGGAGAAGUACUAA